AUGGCGGAUACUCGUUCGAGUACUCGAAGAACCCAUAUCAGUGAGCAACCUAUCACCCUCAGGAAUUGGCAGCAUCAUGUCAAUUGGGUCAAUACAACUCUCAUCUUGAUUGUUCCUGUAUUUGGCUGUAUCGCAGCUUUUUGGACUCCCCUCAGACUACCCACGGCGGCAUGGGCAGUUCUCUACUAUUUCUGGACCGGACUUGGAAUCACCGCUGGCUACCAUAGACUCUGGGCACACCGUUCAUAUGAAGCAGGCUUACCUCUUCGCAUCUUCCUCGCUUGUGUUGGUGGCGGUGCUGUGCAAGGCUCAAUUCGUUGGUGGAGCAGCAAACACAGGGCUCAUCAUCGAUGGACCGAUACCAAUAAAGAUCCAUACAGUGUGAACAAGGGCAUUUGGUACUCACACUUCAUGUGGAUGUUGCUGAAGCAGAAUCCAAAGAACCGCGGUCGUACCGACAUUUCAGAUCUAAAUGAUGACCCUGUCGUUGUAUUGCAGCACAAAUAUUAUGGGUCUUUUAUAUUGGCCUUUGGCAUGUUUUUCCCAAUGCUUAUUGCCGGGUUGGGCUGGGGCGAUUGGAAGGGAGGUCUGCUCUAUGCAGGAAUUCUUCGUUUCCUCUUCGUUCAGCAGGCAACCUUCUGCCCGUUCGACGAUAGGAACUCUCCUCGUGACCACGUCCUCACUGCACUCGUCACCCUUGGCGAAGGCUACCAUAACUUCCACCAUGAGUUCCCCUCUGACUACCGUAACGCAAUUCAAUGGUGGCAGUACGAUCCUACUAAAUGGUCCAUCUGGGUAUGGAAACAACUCGGCCUAGCCACAAACCUGAAGCAGUUUCGCGCGAAUGAAAUUGAGAAGGGUCGCAUUCAACAAUUACAAAAGAAGGUUGAUCAAAAAAGAGCAAAGCUAGAUUGGGGUAUUCCACUUGAACAGUUACCAGUGAUGGAGUGGAGUGACUAUGUCGACCAGGCCAAGGAUGGAAAAGAUCUUGUUGUUAUCGCCGGCGUUGUUCACGAUAUCACGGAUUUUAUCCAGGAACACCCGGGCGGAAGAAUUAUUAGGUCGGCCAUUGGGAAAGAUGCCACUGCAAUCUUCAAUGGGGGCGUUUACAACCACAGCAAUGCUGCGCACAAUAUUCUCUCUACAAUGCGCACUGGUGUCAUUCGUGGAGGUGGUGAAGUGGAGAUUUGGAAGCCCCAACUGAGCAAAGGGAACUAA